AUGGACUGGCUUCAAACAGUGACACCAGGGGAAGUAGUACUAGUAGGCAGGAAACUAAACACCAUAGAAGAGCUAGAGGUAUCAGUAAGAAAGUACGUGGAAAGAAGAAUAAAGAGAAAACACACAUAUGAUCCAAUAUGUAGCGAAUGUGGGAGUAAGUCUAUUGUAAUGAUAGAUGGAGCAGAUACAUGCACACAGUGUGGUACUAGUAAUAUGAAUAACUUCUCAUACUACGUUAGUUACAACUACAACAAGGACGACUAUCUGAAAAAGAAGUCUUGUCAUAAUAGAGUCCGUUGGUUUGAGAGGCACUUAUUCGAACAUGUUGCUUCCAGGGAUAGGGACAUAAUAAGGGAGCAGUUUAGAAGCAUCGUAAGAUGUAUACAAAGACUUAGACUGCAGCGGGGGCGCAACAUAGUUAGAUAUAAGUUUUACCUACUGAGGAUAGCCAGCAUGAAUGGUAUUUCCCUGAAGAACCCUCCCGAGGAUAUUAAGACUCAAAGGAUUGUGGACAUCCUUGAGGAUAGGUUGUAUGGGAAAGUUUUUGUUGAGCUUGGAUGGAAACCUGAGAAUUGUAAAUAUUAUAAUAACUGGAAAAGUAAAAACACUUAA